GAGCACUUUCGUCUUAAUCUUACUGAAGCUUCGAAUUCCCCCACAAGAAAUACGAUUUUUUCCACAAAAGAUGGUGUGCGAUAAAUGUCAGAAAAAACUCGGGAAAGUGAUUUGCCCCGAUCCGUGGAAAUCUGGAGCAAGAAACACGACAGAGGGUGGAGGAAGGAAAGUUAACGAAAACAAGCUUCUCACACAAAAAAAGAACAGAUUUAACCCAUAUACAACCUUCAAUAAGUGCAGAAUAUGUAAACAGACUGUCCAUCAGGCACAUUCACACUACUGUCAAAGCUGUGCAUACAAGAAAGGAAUUUGUGCCAUGUGUGGGAAACAAGUCUUGGACACAUCAAAUUACAGACAGACUUCGGUUUAAGAAAAAAAUUGUCCUAUUUCACUUUUAUAGCUGAACAUGUGUACACGUUAAGCUGCAAGGUUGAUAACACAGUGCCAAACACUUCAUGUAAAUAACUGAAUGACAAUAACCAUUGUUGUAAUAACAAUAAGAAACUGUACCAGUGUAUAUUACCAGUGUAAUUUCUGGCUCCAUUUACCCUUAGCACCCUAACGUUAAUAUUGAUAUUCUCCAUACUGUUCUCUACAUGUUUCCAACGGUACUGACAAGGAGAAUUUGUUCAACAAUCAGAAGCUUCUUCAAGAGGGUGGUAAAGGGUAUUUUCGUGACUUGUGAAUGGCCUACUUUUUUUCCCCGUGAAACGUGAAAUGGCUCGUUUUCUUUCUCGUGAAUCGUGAUUUCAUUAGUAGCCGUGAACCGUGAUUUUCCAAAAUAAUUCUCCGUGAAAUGAGAAAGAAGUAUUUAAUUCGUCGUGAUUGGUUAAAGUUUCAACAGUAAUGUUAUUUCCCGUGAAUUGUGAAAGGAUCAAUUAUUUUCUGUGAAACGUGAUCCUGACCCCCCCCCUUUACUACUCUUCUUCAAUAGGUGAUCAUUGCAUUUAUUCCCAUGACUUUUACAUGUGAUUCAAGAAUGAUACCAUUACAGUAAGGAGAAAUUAGGAGCCAUGAUUAAAAUAGUGUACCCAGUCCUCGUUCCUUUCAGAGACAUUGUAUUUUACUCUAUAGUUUAGUUCAUCAAUUGUUCUCAACUUAUACGUAAAUAAGUUCACUUACUUUUUAACGGCAGCGCAUUUAGAGAUGGGUACGUUUAUGACUGUACGUAUUAAGGAAAAGAAGACGGCAAUUUGACUGAGUAGGACACUGUUCAUGUAUAUACUAAACCUUUAGCGUUUGCCGUUUAGAACGCGUCGCCAUCAUCAAUCCGUUUUCUCUUUGCUGCUGUGUUCAAUCCUCUAUGGUGUUUGCUUUUCUUGAUAAAGAGAUAUUUGAAAGUUCUUUCACGGUUUAAAGGGGAAUUUUUACAUGUAGUUGACAGAGAUUAGUCGUUUGGUUGAAUAUUUGUUAACGAACCUCGUUUUCGGCAGUGGCCUUAUUCCUUUAGAACCACUACAAGGGAAUGUGAGUUGAUAAUGAUCACCCCUACCCCCCCAACAAAAAAAAAAAAAACAAAAAGUAAUUAUGCUGCAGUAAAGUGUAAUGGUAUAUGAAAAUAAUGAUUAUAUUAACCUUG